UCAUCGUCCUCCCAUAUCCACCGAACAACUCCUUCAAUCCAUGGCAACAACCCUCAUAAAAACUCAAUCUUUUCCAAAGCCCCAGCAACUUUAUUCCCAAUCCCUCAUUCAAGAUCUCAUCCGCCAUGCUUCCGCCCUCGACCCCCAUCCCUACCCUCUUGCGCACCUCCUACUCCAUCGGCUCAUUCUUCUCCCUCUUUCCGGCAGAGAGCAUCUCCUCUUCCUCUCCGGGAAGUGGCUGCAAGGACGAUCCAAGCGAGGUUUCGUCGAUUCCUCGUCCGGCGAUCCCAAACGCUUAGGGAUCUCAAACGUCUGGCGUCCAUCAAAUCCAGCGCUGCCGAGCUGCGAUCGUCAAUAUCGGGUGAAUCGGACGCGGAGCCGGUGGCCAUUUCUCAGGAAGCAAUGGAUCUGCUACUUAAGCUCGAUUCUAUCCAGAGCUCUGAUCCGAUGAUUCGGGAUGGGAAACGAUCGAUUAGCAGAGAGCUUACGAGAAUGCUAGAGUUCGUGGACAAGGUCUUGGUGAGGGAUCGGCGGCUCUCUCUUCGAGCAAUGGAAGUAAUGGAGGACGCUGCGGGAUCAGUGCCGCGAACGAGGAGCGCUAAAAGAGUGAGUUUUGCAGAUAAUCGUAGGGGUAUUGAGGAAGAACCGAAAGAGAGGUUUUCUAGGGAUUUGGAGGAGAAUGAAGGAGUAUUUGAGAAUGGAAAUGGUGCAAUUCUCUGCAGGAAUGGUGGUUUUGAGCUCUCUGCUCCACAGCCAAUUCAAAUGGAGCAAAGGUUUGGUCGCUGAUGUUGUUAUUUUAGAUUGCAGAAAUCAUUCUCUAGGAGAUAGAGAAGGGUUUGUAUUGUUUCGUUUAUUUUUUUUUUCUAUUUUUUAUAUAUAUAUUUCUUUCUGGAUGUUAUAAUGCUAGGUCUGGAUUAUGGCUGAUUUUGAUGGGUCCUUCGUGUAGUUCUGUUUGUUUUUAGUCACUCUUUUGAGUCAUGAGAAUUCAUUUGGUAGCUUUUCUACUUUAGCCUUCGAAGGUGAUAAACUUAUUCAGCUGUUACUGUUUUCUAAUAUGAAAGCCUAACUCCUUUUGGUUGUGAAUCUCUUUAAGUGAGAUUGCAAACUCUGAACGAUCGAUUGU